AUGAGCCUCGUGAGCGCGGCGGCGCAUCACCAAGAAGAACUCACGCGCGGGGAGGAGUGCCAGAACUGCGGCGCGACGUCGACGAAGCUGGCGUGUUGCUCGCGGUGUCGCGGCGCGUGGUUCUGCUCCACCAAGUGUCAACGCGCGUACUGGCCGUUUCAUAAACAGUGGUGCAAGAAGAAUGAUUUCGCGGACGCGGUGGAGCGACGCGAACCGAAGUUUGCGCGAUGGAUGCGGAAACAUGGGAAACAGGCGGUGCUGAAGGAUGAUGAGGUCGAUCGACUCGAUCGCAAGGUCGUGACGCAGGAGGAUAUGUACGGUAGAGCGAAUCCAAAACCAACGCCUCCGAAUUUUGACGCGGAUGACAUGCGAAAGAUGCGAGCGGCUGAGGAAGCGCGCCUGCUCGCGCUGCGAGAGGACGACGCCACCGUCGCCUGGCGCGAGAUCAAAGUCCCGGACGCGCUCGGACUCGAGCUCGAUCGGUACAAGUGGCGUCAAAAUCAGUCUUUUGUCGAGAUUUUUGUCAAGCUCCCGCGCGGGACGACGAAAUCCGACGUGGACGUGUCCCUGUCCGCGACGCGACUCUCCAUUCGCGUCCGCGGCGACGUCAUCGUCAACGGCGAUCUCUUCGCCGCCAUAAAGGCCGAACUCAGCACCUGGGUCAUCAUCGACGGCGUGCUCGAGAUGUCCCUCCUGAAGAAGAAUCGUCGUGGGCACUACGACAACGGCUGCGACAACUCGCACACGUAUUGGCGUUCGCUCGUCUCUGGCGAUGCCCGAGCGCUCGCGCCGGAGGCGCCCAAGGAGUACUACGACUCCGAGUACGAGAUCGACGCUCCGAUGAGUCACAACGCCCGACAAAGUUCGAGUAGGCCGAUGAUCUCCGGUCGCGGCGGGCGUCGGUGA